AGCGGCGAACUAGCUGAGGCGACUGCCCCAUCGCUUGCCGCCUUCUGUCCGCUGCCCGCCACCCGCCGGGGGCUCUCCGGCCUCGCCAUGCCGCUGUGGGGCGCCGCCCUCGCCCUGCUCCUGGCCGCGUUCGCCCUGCUGGGCCUGCUCUCCCUGCGUCUGCGACGCCUCGGGAGGCGCGCCGUCGGAGCCAGGACCCCGCCGGGGGCUCGGGACCGGGACGAAGACCAGGAGGCGGACAGCGGAGGCCCGGCGGACCAGUUCAGCCACGAGCGUGAGCCGCUGCCCGGCGGCUGCAGGCUCAUCUGUAAGCCGUCGGCGCUGGCGCAGUGCCUGCUGCGCGCCCUGCGACGCUCCGCAGCCCUAGAGCCGGGCCCGCGCUCCUGGCUCUCUGGGCCCCACCUGCAGACCCUCUGCCAUUUCGUGUUGCCGGUGGGGCCGGGGCCCGAGCUGGCCCGGGAGUACCUGCAGUUAGCGGACGAUGGGCUGGUGGCCCUGGACUGGGUCGUGGGACCUUGCGCGCGGGGCCGCCGAGUCACCAACGCCGGGAGCCUCCCGGCGGUGCUGCUGGUGAUCCCCAAUGCGUGGGGGCGCCUCACCCGCAACGUGCUCGGCCUCUGUCUGCUCGCCCUGGAGCGCGGCUACUACCCGGUCAUCUUCCACCGCCGCGGCCACCACGGCUGCCCUCUGGUCAGCCCCCGGCUGCAGCCUUUCGGGGACCCGUCAGAUCUCAAGGAAGCGGUAACUUAUAUCCGCUUCCGACACCCCGCGGCCCCGCUGUUCGCGGUGAGCGAGGGCUCGGGCUCGGGGCUGCUGCUGUCCUACCUGGGCGAGUGCGGCUCCUCUAGCUACGUGACGGGAGCCGCCUGCAUCUCGCCGGUGCUGCGCUGCCGCGAGUGGUUCGAGGCGGGCCUGCCCUGGCCCUACGAGCGGGGCUUUCUGCUCCACCAGAAGAUCGCACUCAGCAGAUAUGCCACAGCCCUGGAGGACACGGUGGACAUCCACAAACUGUUCAGGAGCUGCUCCCUGCGAGAGUUUGAGGAGACCCUCUUCUGCCACACCAAGAACUUCCCCAUCAGUUGGGACACCUACUGGGACCACAAUGACCCCCUCCGGGAUGUGGAUGAGGCGGCCGUACCUGUGCUGUGCAUCUGUAGUACUGAUGACCCUGUGUGUGGACCCCCAGAUCUCUUUCUGCCCACUGAACUCUUUCACAACAACCCCUACUUCUUCCUCCUGCUCAGUCGCCAUGGAGGCCACUGUGGCUUCCUGCGCCAUGAGCCCUUGCCAGCAUGGAGCCACGAGGUUAUCUUGGAGUACUUCCGGGCCUUGACCGACUUUUUCCGAACGGAAGAGAGGAUGAAAGGGCUGAGCCGGCACCGAGCUUCAUUGCUAGGGGGCCGGCGUCGCUGGGGAACCCUGCAGAAGCGGGAGGUCUCUCCUUCUGCCAGUCUGGAGGAGAUCUUUAGCUGGAAGCGAUCAUACACAAGGUGAAAGCUGGCCAGAGAAGCCUCCCCACAGGCCCCCAUUCGGAAAAGAAGAACAGGGCUGAGCUUGGCAGAGUCCUGAAAAUGUGGUGGGGACUGAACGGAGCAAGCAGCUCCAGCUCUUUGCCACUGAUUCAGCCCCUUCUGUUCCAGUUUGCAGGAAGAGACAGAACUUCCAGCUAGCUGCCACUUACUUCACCCCGAGCAGAAGCCCUGCCCAGGCUUUCCUCAAUACAUUCUCGCUCAUCCUGGUCAGCAGCUGAACAUCACUGUCUCCUAUGACCAACCUCAUAAGCCAAAGAUCAGUGCCAUUUGAGCCCAUGGACUCGGGAUAAAAUGCUCUCUUCUUAGCAAUGACCACAGAGAAGAUGAGUUUCUGUGUGUCAUUGGCAGCUUUGUGACGCUGCCUCUCAAGUUGGAGACACUCGGUGUAGCAAGGACAGGAUGUCUGUGUCUGGGUCCCACUUCCCUCAUUUCAUUCUGCGGUCGUGCCACUCUGCUGACUGCAUGCGAUGGCAGCAGUGACAGCAGUUAGAGUGGGCUGGAGAGCCGUGUGGCUGCUGGAGAGCGGUGUGGCUGCGUCUGUCUUGCGUGGGUAUGGGGAAGGCCGCAGAGGCAGUAUGUGUGGUGCAGAGACGGAGUCCGUGAGCCCCAGGGUAGAGAUUGCGAACCCCUGUCUAGAAUACUAAGGUCCAGCCUUUCAGACAUUUCUGCAGGUCUCUGUUGGGAAUGGGGCUGAUCUGUGGCUUCAGCCUAGGACCUCAAGCCUCGCUGGACAGAUCCCAAGGAUGAUUUUAGGAACAGGAAGUCCUUGAACAGUUUGCUAGACUGUGGCUCAAGGAGCCAGACUUUCAGGCACUGUGGCUGCUCCGUCUGGUACCAUUUCUGGGGGUUAUUACUCCAGAGAGCUCUGGCCAGAGCUGCUUUUCCCCUGCAAUGUGGACUUUCUCUAAAUGGUGAAGAGUAUGAACCCCAUGUCUUAGGUUUUUUCCAGUUAGCUUCCCUACGUUCUGACACUACUACCAGCCUCUGUCUCUCUAGAACCUGAAGAGACAUCUGGGACCAGGCGGAACAAAAAGUUCCAAGAGGUUGGCUAGAACUGACUCAGUAAUGGAUGAAUAUUUCACAUUACUGUGCUUCUUCUGGUCAAUUAUUCAAAAGGCCAUUCGUGUAGAUGCAGAUAAAACUUAUUCCUUGAUCCGGUCACUCAGGGGUGUUCGGUUUUCUGAGGAAUAAUGCUGAAGACCAGCAUAAGACAAAACAUUGUCCACACUGAUGUACAUGUCCUGGUUUGGAUCAGUCCAUCAAACAAUACAACAGGAUGUCUGCUUCCACGUGCCUCUGAGAGCUUUGCCCUGAAGUUUUAAUUUUUCUUUGAGAAAGAGGGCACCUAUAUAUUUUUUAAUUUUUAAAUUAUUUUAAAAUUUAAUCUUUAUUGUAUUUUUCCCCAAGGGCACCUGUUUUGACUGGAAGCCCCAUCCUAGCCUCACAAACAGCAAAGCAAUUUUACAGAGAGACGUUUACUGAAGCUGUGUCCUAAAGCUUCGUACGAGGACUUUUUGGGGCCACAAUUUCAGAUUUGGAUAAUCUUAAGCCUUGUUCUUCUAGAGCAAAUAAGAAAUUCGGAAGUAUCCAAGAAUCUAAACUGAAAAUGCAGACAACAUUCAAUUGUCCAAGGUACAUUCAUUCUCCUGUCAUGAAAAAAUGACAUCCCUCCUUCCCCUCUUCUUGCUCUUCCUCCUCCACACUCCUCAUCUAAAGGUCUUUCACCAUUUCUGAGCAGGAGAAGUAAUAAGGAACUGAAACCUAAAGAAGCCAUCCUACCGCUGGUUAACCACCCCUGUGUGAGACUUGGUGAGGGACAGUCACUGAUAUCAGCCCACCUGUCUGCAGCAUCAGGUCCAGGUUAAUUAGGGGCCUGCAGUCCCAUAUGCAGAUCAUUCUGAACUGACUACAAAAUGAGAAGCAGCCACUGGUUUCUCAACUCCCCCAUUUCUGACUUAAAUGUCCCCCAAAGGCUAACUCUAUAUUGUUUCUCUAGGCCAGAUACCCCGGGACUUUGGUUCUUGAAGACAAUAGCUUUUUGUGAAAUUGUGGUUGAUGUCCCUUUCCUUUUACAGGAAAGAAAGCCUGCAGGGUGGGAUAUGUGUGUCUAUAUCUCUUUCUAUUUGUCUGUCAUCUAGAUGUACUGACAGAGUUAUCGUCCGAAAGCCCUUCCAUAGGCAUGACAGCCCUAGUCCAGACUCCAUGAAUUACCUUGGACCCACAAUCCUAAUGACCUAAAUCAGCGAUUUUUAAACUUUUCCAUCUCAUGGUACACAUAAUCUAAUUACUAAAAUUCCAUGGCACACCAAAAAUAAUAACAGUGAUUACCUUUUUUUUUUUUUUGCUUCAAAGUGACUUUAAAAAAAAAUCAGAUGCCUAUAUUUAUGUAUAAGAAUUUUUGGCCCAGACUGGUGUGGCUCAGUCAGGGAUUGAGUGCCGGCCUGUGAACCAACACACUGCCGAUUCAAUUCCUGGUCAAGGCAUAUGCCUGCAUUGCAGGCUAGGUCCCCUGUCGGGGGCAUGCUAGAGGCAACCACACAUUGAUGUGUCUUUCCCUCUCUUUCUCCCACUCUUCCCCUCUCUCUAAAAAUAAAUAAAAUAUUUUAAAAAAUAAUUUCUGGUACCAAGAAUUAACCAGACACAACCUUAUAAUGUGAUGUGACCAAUAAGAUUCAACUCUAUUGUAUGACCUGUAUACUUAUGUUCAAGAUAGGGCAUUCACACCGGACACCUACUGUAUUAGUUGUCAUUUUUUUGACAAUCUAAGGGAAGAGAAGUCAGUGCCCUUAACUACAUAGACAAGGAUUGCAUGUUUCAAAAAUUCUUGCAGCACACUCAUUGAAAAUCACUACUUCUCUCCCAUCUUACCCUCAUUGCUUGGCAACAUCCGCUUCUCAGCUUAUUUUUGUCUAGAAAGUAUAGUUCCUGUACCAAGGGGCCUGGGUGACCCUAUCCUCCUGUCUAACGAGGGAAUCACCCAAAUGGCUCUGCUUUGGUUAAUAGCUGAUUAUAUGAAAUCAGCUUGAGCAGCACCAGACACACUAUUCUGAGAAUGUGUGGCCCUUGAACAAAAUGACAAGUUAUGAGUUUGAGGAAGCAAGAAACAAAACAAAACCCUAAGAAGCACAACCGACUUGGAGUUUCCCAGGUAGCAAGGCUUCACCAAUCCUGUCAGGCCCCAUUCAGUUGCUUGAAACCCUCUUGGUCUUUUCAUUAUUUAUGAACACCUUUUUAAACACACACACACACACACACACACACACACACACACACACACACACACACAAAAACUGCCACUGACUUAAGGGAGGCAUUAUCUCAGAAGCAGAGACUGAGUUCUCUGUCUCCACUCAUUGCAUCAAAAUGCAGGAAGCAGACAACUGCCUCUGAAACUGGGUUCUGCUAAGUUCUGACCUCUGAUACCCAAGACUACGCUAAGCUAUAGCUUAAUUCCUUUAAAGAUUUAGUGUUUGUGAAUGUAUACGUAGGUUUCUGGGGUGGCUUGGCUGAAGUCAACAGUAUGAGAAACAAAGCCUCAGAUCCUCUGAGAACACACCAUCUCUGUUUUAAAAGAAGGUAUCUUUUCUGAAACGAGUACUAUUAGAAAAGAGGUCUUGACACAGGAAGUAUUAUCUUGUCUUUAUAUGUAACCUCAAAACCACCCCCGCGUCAGAAGCUCCUCUGACUCCCCUUCCAUCCAGACCACAAGAUCCUUUGUGUCAGUCACCCUUAGUAAUGCCAACAUCUUUUCCUUUACAAAUGAACUUUAGCAUGAAUUCUUGUUUAAACAAGCAGAUACACGGGCCACUUUGGUAUAACUUGGUAACAAUGCCCAUAGGAGUAUUUAUAAUUCUACAGCCAAGCCCAAAGAUGGCAUCAGAAAUUAUUUUCACUAGUUACCGCAACUGGCAGAGAUGCGACUGAGGAGUUAUACCUAGGGAUCAUCCAAGUGCCUGGAUAUGGCACGAACACCUCAGGAAGCAGUAAGUUCCACAUUAUUUGUGGGACAGGCAAGCUACACUGCAACUUGACCCACAUGAUGGAGAGCACAUGUGCCAAGAAAUAAGCUCUCUUCUCAUCUGCAAGUUGGUGAGUUAAGAUAAUGCUAAUGAGCUCAGGGAGUUGUAAAGACUUCUGGCUGAUUUAUGGGCUUGAGGAUCAGAUCACAGACCUGACCCGCAUUCUGGGAGUUGGGAGGUGAGAUAAAGAUUUUAAUGACAGACAAACCCUGCCUAAGUGAACAGGUGUCUGUAAGAUUCAAAGUGCCCAGGAAGAGCUGUAAAUUGAAGGAAAAGUAGAAAUUAAUUAAAACAAUAAAAGAUACUAACACAUCAAAAUUAAUGUCUCUAGCCCACCUGGACCUUCUGUUUAAUAAAGCACUACCGUGCCACAGUGUUAUCUAUCACUAGUGUGGCUGAACAAAAAUCUUUCCAUCUUGUUUGCCUCUGAAUAGUAAAUAAAUUGCAGUCUCCCUGCAACAAUGGAAUGUCAUUUUUCAAAUCUCCAGAAAUAAACGUGCUGUUUGAA